GGAAUUUAUAGACAAAUUAUCUUCAAUAGCCACCUAUUCAAGAGAUUUAUUCGGGUCUCCUUUCUCUAUUAGCCCCUCAACCUUGUCCUCUCACAUGCUGGUGUUGAACGACAUUUCAAGGUUAUAAUCAUGGCUGAAACUUCGUCUUUACUUGUUGAUCGACAAGCUCGAAUGGGUGUUGAAAAAUCGGAUGUAGAGAGUUCUGAGGAUGAGAAGAAGACAAGGCUUGGGGGUCUUAAGAAAAAAGCAGUAAGUUCAUCCACCAAAUUCAGACAUUCUCUUAAGAAGAUAAGGAGACACAGCAGAGUUAUGUCUGCUGAUUGUAUUGAGGAUGAACUUGAUGCUAAAGAGUUACAAUCGUUGACCGCAUUUCGCCAAGCCCUUUUUGUUGAUGAUCUAUUACCUACUAAACAUGAUGAUCAUCAUAUGAUGCUAAGAUUUCUUAAGGCCAGGAAAUUUGAUCAAGAUAAAGCAAAGCAAAUGUGGGCUGAUAUGCUUCAAUGGCGGAAAGAUUUUGGGGCUGACACAAUCAGGGAGGACUUCGAUUUCAAGGAAUAUGAUGAAGUGAUUAAAUACUAUCCACAAGGAUAUCAUGGAGUCGAUAAAGGUGGACGACCAGUUUAUAUCGAAAGACUUGGUCAAGUCGAUGUAAACAAGCUAACUCAAGUAACAACAAUAGACCGCUAUUUGAGGUACCAUGUAAAGGACUUUGAAAAGACCUUGAAUGUUAAGUUCCCUGCUGCAUCAAUUUCUGCAAAAAGGCACAUUACUCAGAACACAACUAUAUUGGAUGUUGAAGGAGUGGGGCUUAAAAGCUUCAACAAGUCUGCAAGGGAGCUCCUUCAACGUCUUCAGAAGAUUGAUGGUGACAAUUAUCCUGAGACUCUGAACCGCAUGUUUAUCAUCAAUGCUGGUUCUGGAUUUAAGCUGUUAUGGAGCACAGUUAAAUCAUUUCUUGACCCAAAGACCACUGCGAAAAUCCAUGUUUUGGGUAACAAAUACCAUAGUAAGUUGCUUGAAAUUAUUGAUGCUAGUGAACUGCCUGAGUUUUUCGGCGGUAGUUGCAAUUGUGCAGACAAAGGAGGUUGCAUGGUUUCUGAUAAGGGUCCAUGGAAUGAUCCAGAGAUAUUAAAGAGAGUUGAAAAUGGUGAGGCCAAGUGCACUUGGAGAACUCUGUCAGGCAUCGAUGAGAAAACAUGCCGAGUGCUUAAUUCCUUUGACACAGAAAUUUCUAUGGACAAUGCUGAAUGCCCUGCAGAGGCUCCAUUAUUGUCUCCUGUUCCUGAAACUCCGAUCAAGAAAAAAUGCCAGGAUUCCUUUACCUAUGACAAACUUAUUCCUAUAGUUGACAAGGGUGUGGAUACUUCUUGGCCUAAACCAGUGGAAAAUGAAAUGUUAGCCAUCUCUAAAGAUUGUUACCAGGUGAAGAAUGGCAGAAAGGAAAGUGACAGAAUUGGCAGCAGCAUUUUCGGAGGAAUCAUGGCAUUUGUAAUGGGAAUCGUAACCAUGGUUCGUAUGUCCCGUACCGCGCCAAAGAAACAAAGUGAAGCAACCGUGUACAGCGGUGGUCAAGUUUACUAUCCUAAACCCAUCACAGCCCCUGCCUCUCAGUUGCCAGCACCGAUCACUAGCGCAGAAUUCAUCACCAUGGCGAAACGCAUGGCCGAACUGGAAGAAAAAGUGGUCGUUCUUAGCGCAAAACCGGCCGUCAUGCCACCGGACAAAGAAGAGAUGUUGAAUGCUGCUUUAAGAAGAGUCUGCAUUCUGGAAAAAGAACUAUCUGAAGCUAAAAGGGCACUUGAGGAAGCCCUUAAUAAACAGAGGAUGCUUCAAACAUUCAUCGCCAAGUCAGAGAUGAAGAAAUCUGCAAGUCACCAAAGUUUUUACUGCUUCAAAUGCUAAAAAGAAACAUGCAAAAUAUAUAUUUAUAUUGAAAAGCUUGAUCUUCAUGUUUCAUUUUUGCAUAGAUUAUUAUGAUCUGCAGAAGCCGUAAUAUGGAAACUUGAUGUUGGUGGCGUUGGAGAGACAAUUCAGCCCCACAGAUCAAUAUAUAUACUGUUUUGCCUUGUACAAUAUUAAAUUCCAAGACCUUGUAAACGAUGGAGUUUAACAUCUUUAAUAAAUCUUAUGUAUAUUUUUUGAAUUA